CUUUAGAAACCAUUAAAGUGAUGUUUAGUAUUUUUGCCUCCCUUUGUGUUCAAAGCCACAGUUUCACUGUUGAUAUCAUCCACACCAAUGCUCUAAACUCGCCUUUCUACGACCCUUCUACGCCCAGGGCUGAGUAUGCAAAGGGCGCUCUUGUCCAAUCCCAAUCGCGCGUCGCCAGAAUGAAGCGACGCGCGGCCACUACUACUCAGGGCCUCCCCGGCUCUGCAAUGGGUGAGUUUGCAGGUGAUCUUGAGUACGCCGUCGGAUACUACGCCAUGAAAUUCUCAAUUGGGACGCCCCCGGUAGAGAGGCUCGCAGCGGUGGAUACAAUGCGAGCCGUGUCCGGGCUUGUGCUUCCCGCAGAAAACGCCUUUGUUCGACCCGUCAAUGAGCUCGUCUUACACGAGGCCAACAUUGGGAGGUUCAUGUAUUGCCUUCCGUGGUAUUUAGAUGCUAAUGUCUCGAGCCACAUCGCAUUCGACUCUGACGCUGUGAUCGCAGACCCGGACGGAGUCGUUUCAACGCCUAUAGCCGACACGAAAUACGGGUACUACUGGAUCACGUUAGAAAACUUUAGUGUCGGAGGGAAAACGGUGCUUAGCAAGCCCCUGAAUAGGUCGACCGGCGGAAUGGUGGUCGACUCGGGGUCCACUCUAACUUAUCUCCCAAAUGAGUUGCACGAUGCGUUGAUAAACGAGUUGAGAAGUGUGGUGAAGAGCACCCCGGUGAGUGACCCAACCGGAGGCACAUAUUAUAAACUUUGUUACAAUGCAUCUGACAUAGCCGCGGAAGUGUUUCCCACGGUGGCCGCACAUUUUGCCGGGGGCGCCGUCGUUCAGCUCUCGCCCAAAGCAUUGCUCAACUUUUAUAGUAUUGAAAAACUUAUGAACUCCUUUUGGUGGGGUGGGAAAGGGCAGAAUUCUAAAGGGAUCCAUUGGAUGUCUUGGACAAGGAUGGCAGUACCGAAGAAUUUUGGUGGUUUGGGCUUUAAACAGGUGAGAGCUUUUAAUGUGGCGAUGCUGGGAAAACAGGGGUGGAGGUUUCUCACCCGACCUGAGGCACUUGUCUCUCGGGUUUUUAAAGCAAGGGUGGGUAAUGGUCGGGACACUCUGAUAUGGGGUAGUCCUUGGCUUAAUGAUUCUCAACAACCUUGUAUCCUUACGGAGAGACCACCGUUUAUGCCCAAUCUACCAGUGGAAUUUCUGAUUGAGUCUGGUUCGGGUCAUUGGAAGGAGGAAGUGGUGAGGGAAUGGUUCUUGCCUGUUGAUGUGCAACGCAUUCUUGCACUACCUUUGGGCACCAUUAGUGAUGAUAACUGGUACUAGGAAGGGCCAUCCCGGGGAGCUUAUUCGGUGAAAGAAGGUUAUCGGCGUUCGGUAGGGGAGUUUACGGUCUGUCCGGGUUUUUCAAAGUGGCGUCAACUUUGGCGGGUUUCAGUGGCACCGAAGCUCAAGGUCUGUGUGUGGCGAGCUCUUCGGGACAUCCUUCCAACCAUCUCUUCUCUUAAUUCUAAAGUCAUCGCGGGGGUUUGGGCGAUCUGGAAAGCACGCAAUAAGGCGGUUUGGGAGAGGCAGGGUUGCUUUCGGGUGUGCACUAUUUUCUCCGACGAACUGUUUUCUUGCUGCUAUUAAUGGGGAAUUACUAUGUUCUCCGGACCCUCUUAUGGCGGAGGCUAUGGCGUGUCGUGAAGCUCUAUCAUGGAUGAAGACGCUUGAUAUUCAUAACGUGGAGAUCUUGAUGGAUUGUCAACGUGUGGUUUCAGCAAUUUCAGACACUUCAUUCUCUCUUACUUCUUAUUUUGGUUCAUUAAUUGUUGAAUGUAAGGCCUUGUUGGUCGGUUUUUGCUCUAGUUCUAUCAGUUUUGUUCGUAGAGAGUUAAACGUUGUUGCUCAUUCUCUUGCGAGGAGAGCAGAGGCCCGUCGUUCUGUUUGGGUUUCUACUCCCCCGGAUUUUGUAAUCCCUCUUUUACAAUAAUGAAGUUUCUUUACUUUA